AUGGGAAAUACAUGUUCAGAACCUACUCCCGUACGAUCGAAUAUUACAUCAAAAAAAUUAGAUAAUCAAACGAAUUCACGUACGCGUAUCGUCGAAAAUUUUAUUAUUGUAUGGUUAGAUGCGAAUAUAAAUAAAUCCAAUAGCGAUAUACAAAAUUCACUAAAUCAACUCCAACAUACAGUUAAUACAAUUAAAAUAUUUACUGAUAUUGAAUCUUGUGUUAAUUUUCUACAUGGGAUUGAGCAUGAGAAAGUUUUUCUAAUUGUUUCUGGUUCAUUGGGUCAACAAAUUUUACCAACUAUUCAGCAUAACAAUCAACUUGAUUCCGUUUAUAUAUUUUGUCAUGAUUUAACUAAACAUGCAACAUGGGUAAAACAAUAUAAAAAAAUUAAAGGUAUGUUCAAUGGAAUCGAACCAUUAUGUGAAAAACUUAAAAGUGAUAUACGUCAACGAGAUAAAGAUUUAACACCUGUUAGUAUUGUUUCAACAAAAUCGAAUGAACUUGAUCAAUCAUUUAUGUAUUCUCAAUUAUUAAAAGAUAUUUUAUUAAGAUUACCAUUUAAUGAUCAAGCAAAAAAGGAUCUUGUAGAAUUUUGUCGAGAACAAUAUUCGAAAAAUAAAUAUGAAUUAAAAAUUAUUGAUGAAUUUGAACGUGAUUAUGAUCGACCAUCACCUAUUUGGUGGUAUACACGUGAAUGUUUUACAUAUACAAUGCUUAAUAAAGCAUUAAGAACACAAGAUAUUGAAAUAAUUAUAAAAAUGGGUUUCUUUGUUCGUGAUCUUCAUCGCCAACUUGAAGAAUUACAUUCAAAAAUUGAUAUAAAUACUCAAUUAAUAGUUUAUCGUGGUCAAGGAAUGUUAAAUGCAGAAUUUGAAAAAAUGAAAGCGAAUCAAGGUGGUCUGUUAUCAUUUAAUAAUUUUUUAUCAACAAGUACUACACGUGAAGUAUCAUUAGGUUUUGCGCGUUGUGCAUUGAAUAAUCAAGAUUUAACAGCUAUUUUAUUUCAAAUGAAUAUUGAUCCAUCAGUUUCUACAACACCAUUUGCUUGUUUAGAUAAUCUUAGUUAUUUUUCUGAUUCGGAAAAAGAAAUUCUCUUUUCUAUGCAUACAAUUUUUCGUAUUGAUGAAAUCAAACAACUUGAAGAACGUUUAUGGGAAGUACAUUUAAAAUUAACAAGUGAUAAUGAUGAACAAUUAGCUAAAGUUACUGAACAGAUGAAAACGGAAAUUGCAGGUGGAACUGAUUGGCAUGCUUUAGGACAUUUAAUGACAAAAAUUGAUAGAUUUGAUAAAGCUGAAGAAAUAUAUAAAACAUUAUUAGAAACAACAGAUAAAAAUAAUUCAAAAGAUAUUGCACAACUCUAUCAUCAACUUGGAUAUGUUAAUAAACAAAGGGAUAAUUUAUCUGAUGCACUUAUUUAUUAUAAAAAAUCCUUGGAAUUAAAAUUAACUUAUUUACCAAAGAAUGAUCCAGGAUUUUCAGCAACCUAUUCUAAUAUUGGGUCUGUUCUUCUUGAACAACAUGAUCUUAAUGGUGCAUUAAAAUAUUAUCAACACGCACUUGAGAUUGAUCUGCAUGCACCUGAACCUGAUCAACUUGAAAUUGCAACUGAUUACAAUAAUAUUGCACAAGUUCUUAUGGAUCAACGUCAACAUACAGAUGCAUUGAAAAAUUUUCAAAAUGCAUUAAAUAUUUUUCUUAAAAAACUUUCACCUCGUCAUCCAUCAAUAGGUAUACUUUAUAAUAAUAUUGGUGAUGCAUAUAAAGUUAUGGGUGAUAGAUUAAAUGCACACUCGUCUUACAAGAAAUCAUUCGAAAUUUUAGAAAAAUCUUUACCACCAAAUCAUCGAACAUUAACUAUAGUUCAUGAUAAUAUGACAAGUAUGUCAUAA